AUGCACAGUUCAGAACACCCUCUCAGUACAUUUUCUUUGUUUGAGAAUGGACCUUGCUUAGUUGCAGACCAAAACUUUGACGUACUUAUGAUUAAAUUAAAAGGAUUCUUUCAAAAUGCAAAGGCAAACAAGAUGGAGACAAGGGGUACACGCUACCAGUAUUGUGAUUUCCUUGUCAAGAUUGGUACAGUCACUAUGGGACAGAGCGGUCGAGGAAUAUCUGUGGAGGUGGAUUAUUGUCCCUGUGCUGUACCAGGUGACUGUUGGAACCUCAUGAUGGAAUUUAUGCAGACGUUUAUGGGCAGUAAUGCUCCAUCUGUUCCCCCGGUUUUUAGUGCCAAACAUGAUGCACUUUACACACCUGGAGACACUAUGAUGCAGUACAUGGAGCUUCUGAACAAGAUCCGCAAGCAACAGCAGGGUACAGUGGCUGGCAUGAGACUAUGA